GCUGCCCGCUCCCAACGGCGCUCUCCCCGCAACGCCGCGCUUUAGGUAAACGGAAACGGGAAGAAGCGUUACCGAGGCAAAGGAGGGCGUAGGAGCCCGGGAUCUUGAAUCGGGUCAGAUAGUGUAACGCUUACGCGAAAUGGAUCGGCGCUAAAACGGUGUAGUUGAUCCACUCCCUGGUUCUCCCUCCACCGCUUUCCUCGGCUCUAACAGACCGUUCAGCUACAGCUGUGUCGUUUCCAGUGCGCACUGAUACUUCUCUCUGCCCAGGAACAGCAUCUAGCAGCCCUGGGAGGAGAUUAAUAGUCUUGCACAGUAUGGGACAGCGCGCAAGGAAGGACAGGAUGAUCUCUGUCCUCUGAGAAGGGGCGGGAAGCCUGAAGCAGCAGCGGGACCUGCUCGAGGACACUGGCGCCACAGAGGUGCAUGCAGAAAUGGAACAAGAGAACUCAAGUAAAGAAGUCACCGAAGAAGAUCUCAGUGACGUGGAUGUUGAAAAGGCCCUUCAGGAGCAGUCAGAAGCAGAGGUGCAGGCACUGCUGGCUAAGCUCACUGAACUCGAGAAAGCCAACCAAGAACUCUCUGAAGAACUACAGACAGCAAAAAAUGACUAUGACAUGGCCACAGGUGCUAUCUCUUCCUUGCAAAGACAUCUGGAGAUCCAAGAAUCCCAGCUUCGGAGAAUCAAACACGAAAAGGAAACCCUCCAAAAGGAGCUCAGAGAGCGAGAAAAUCAGCUACAAGCUAUGUCUACCAAGUUUUGCAGCCUGAGAGAAGAACGGAAACACGAAGAAAUGUUGGCGACAACAGAGAAGGAGAACUGCAGUCUUCGACAGACUGUUAGAAAACAAGAAUCCGAACUGGCUGAGCAGAACAAGCUCAUCAGUGAUUUACAGAGCACAGUCAGCCAGCUGCAGGCAAAGGUUCUGGUCAGUCAGUACCACAUCAAGGAGCAGCAACGUGCACAAGAGGCGAUCCAGAGCCAAGCUGACACACUGCAGCACAUGGAGCAGCAAACUAAAGUAGCACUCCAGUGCAUCACCAGCAGGUUUGAAAGAUUUCGAAGCAAAAUAAUUCAGGCCACGUUCAGUACCGCAGGCAGCAAGUCUCCCCAGGCAGAAGUGACUGAUGAGGAGGUGCUGGAGGCAAUGCAGAAAAUAAUUAAUGACCGGAUGGAGUUCCAUCAGAUGCUGAAACAGAAAGGUGUCAAGGUCCCAUCUCUCUACGGCCUCGACACGUCUACUUCAUCUCCUACCAGUUCUAAGAGUAGCAGGAGGAGUCCCUUGAAGUAGUAUCUUCUGAUGCCUGAAAACAAAUCCUAACAGCUGAGUCAGUCCUUCAGGCUCCUAUCGCUUUGCUUUCAGACAGGGACUUACUGACAAAUUAAACUGUUUAAUUUGACCUAAAUCAAGUUCUGCAGCAACAUCUAGAUUGUUAUCCGAUGAUGAAACUGGGGAUUCUGAGCACUAUUCAUCU